AUGUUUCCGAUGCCGUUCAAACAACAUCCCACUUUUGCUCCUUCGUCUUCACAGCCACCACAACAACUACAGAACAGUUUUAUUCCCAACAACAAUUACACUCCACCCUUUUUUGGGAGUGCCAUCAACGAAACCCCUCAUCAGCAAGAAUUAUUCAUCGGAGGAGGAUCCAAUCAACCACACACUCAACCCUAUUUUUCUCCCCUCUCUCAACAACAACAACAACAAAUUUUCACCUACUAUCCCAAUAAUUUCCAACCAACAACAAAUUCUUCGUCCUGGUCGGCUGGGAGCAUUUCUGAAUCGGGACAUUCCUCAAAUGCACAAAAUCACCUCCAUAAUGAUCUUUACUUGCAACCCACGACCACAACUUCUGCGAAUAUCAAUACCUCGACGAUUUCACUUUUCGAUGGUGUGAAACAAUUCUUUAGUGGAAUUUUAACACCAGAAAUUCCAUUUUCAUCCACGUCGCGAAAUCAUGAUGAAGAGGAUGAGGAGGAUUCUUCGAGUGAAGAAGAUCCCGAGAGAGACAUUCAAGAAUUGUAUGGUCUGACAAAGAAACAGCCACAACAUCAGCAGAGACCAAGCCAGAAUGUCACGAACCAUUCAGCGACGAAUGAUCUUGUUGGUGGUGAUUCACAAGCAGCAGCAGAGGACAUGACAUUUCUUGUAAACAACAACAGUAAUAAUACUUUUCAUUCAAAAAUUGUCUCCACGACUGGACGAGGUCAAUUAUUGACUCCAAACAAGGACUUUGAUUUAUCCAAAUGUUCCAAAUUGGCUGUAAAAUUAAGAUAUGAAAAAACAGUUGUUGAAAAACAAAUGGAAAUGGAACGAGAAUGGAUGUUGUGGAAUUCGACGAGGAAGCCAACAUCGCAAGAAGUCGAGUCCAUGCAUGAAAGGUUAAAAACGAGAGAGAAAUUUUAUGAUGAUCAUGAUUAUGGAUUCUAUGAUGACCUUGCCAAAGAGACACCUACCACAACCACCAUUAAAGAAAAAACGGAAACAUCCAAAGCCUCCAAAACAAAAGAACAAAUCAUUGAGGUGGAUGUACCCUUCACCAUGUAUGCCAUUGGUUAUACAAGUUUUGGAGCUCCUCUAUGCAUCUCGAGUUCCGACCAAAAAAACGGCCCCAAAAUGCUGCACAGUAUUGCAACCCUUCCGAAACAUGAGAAAAUUUUGAAAAAGAAAUCACUCAAAUUGGAAGAAAUUUCACAAUUUGAAAGUUUUCGAUUUAUAGAUACACGUGUACAAAAUUUGGAGAAGAAUGGUGGUGCAUCAAUGACAAAACUAACUGAGAAUGACUCCUCUGCAUACGAUGGAGAUCAAAAUGAUGCUGCCAAUUCUUCGUCAUUGUCCGUGCAGGAAGAAAUAGUGACCUUAAAUUUGAAAAAACCCAAAGCAUUUGUAACGAACAAGAACAGCACAUCAGAUUCAUCAUCCUCUGUGUUACUUCAUGAAGAGAAAUUUCACUAUGUGAUAUUUUUUGUGGAGUUUGUAAUGCCUGAAACACUUCUCAAAGAGCGAAUUCAAAAAUCGAAAGGAGAAACAACCAUUGUAAAACAUGUACCAUUUUGCAAUCGAAUGCAAUUAAGUAUUUUGGAUAUCUCAUAUGGAGAGGAAAAUGCAAGAGAACUCUGUCGAUUUUACACAACUGUAAAUAAUACCAAAAAUUAUUUUGGAAAACAAAUUGUGGGUGGCAUUCAUUUUAAAACAAAAGAAAAGAUUUGGAAAUUUAGAUCGAGUAAUGAAUUUAAACCGCUUCCACCACGAAAACUGAUUGUGAAAUUGGAGGGUGUGGAGGAUAUACCAUUUUUAUCGGAUAUAUAUAUUUCGUUGUGGUUUACCGAUCGAAAGUUUAAAACAAAGGUCAUUAAGAGCAAAAAUCCAAAAUUUAAUGAAACAUUCGAAUACGAUAUUUCAUGUGUGGCCAGCGAGGCAGAAACAUGUUACAGUGUCAUGUUUGAACCUGUACGAAUUCUUCUCAAAGAAAAGAAAGCCUUUCAAAAAGAGGACAAGCGUUUAAUUGGAGAGGUGAGCUUGCCACCCCUUCCCCAAAUUUUCUCAGGUAAUGAUUAUGUUUUUGCAUUUUCAUUUCCACCUCUAGCAAGCAAUACGAGUGAAGAAGAACGCUUGGACCGAAAGAAGGGACCUAUUCUAUGUUUUUCAUCCGAAUAUGGACUGCAAAAUCAAGGUACCAUGACCUCAGCAAGAGUUAAGGUGGCUCUUUUUUUGGCGUGGUGA